AUGGUGAGGGCGGGCGUGAAAGCAGUCAUUGCUGAGGCGGAACAACGGCACCGUGAGGUCUUAGAAGCCAUUGUGAAGCAGUUGCAGCAAAGUCAUCUCCAGGAGAAACAGGACCUAGAGAUUCAGCAGCAGCGAUUGAGGAAUGAGCAUGCCAAAGCCCAGGCUGAAAUCGCUUCGUUGCGGACUGAGUUGCAAGCAGCAAACAGUAGGCUAUCGAUGUUCCACACGGAAGCCAACAAUGAGCACCAGUCAAAAGUCCAGGAGCUCAGUAAAAAUCUGCAGAAUGAGUACAACCUUAAACUCAUGGAAGUGCAAACAUCAACAGCGGAAGAGUACCAAGAACUAGUAAGGCAAACUGUAGAGGACGCUACAAACGGAGUAGAGCGCAUUCGGAAAGAUGAAAAAUCCGCUCUAGACGCGCAAGAAAUGCGUUAUGCUCUAGAACUGCAAGACGCGAGCGACCAAUGCGCAGCUCUUCAGGACCAAGUGGAUGAACUAGAACAUCGUUGCGAAGCACGCGUUAGCUCUGAUGAAGCGUCCGCCGGCCUAGCGGCUGAGCCAUCCGGGAAACCGAUGUCAGCAUUUGAAAAGCUAAGAGCCGAAACCAGAAGUAAGCUUAGGAUUGUUCUUGACAACCCCGCUCAGCAUGAACUAGCUAGCUUUAGCGAUGCUAGGUCAGAUCUUGACAAAGGUUCGGUCGCACCGAAAGCUCCUGCGGCAGACGUCCCAGCAGCAUCAAGUGAUCGGCCAGAGAACAAGAAGAUCCCGACUCUACCAGUUGAAGGUGCAAAGUCACUCACACCGACGGAAGAGUUCCCGAGUCCAUCAGAAGGUGAGGAGAACAAAACCUACCAAUUCCUGUUGACAAGCGUUCGCAACUAUAUCGAUCGAGAACGUCUUAGGACCAAUCGUGAUCGUGUUGCCCAACGUCAGAACCCCAACAAGGAUGUGCUGAAUCAGGGGGGCAAGUCAGUGAUGUUUUCAAACCGUGUUCAAUAUCGCAAGAUCCCCGCUAGAGGAGAUAUGUGUCCAAUCAUCAUCACACCCAAGGUUCAUGAGAAGGUUUUCACUACUGAGGAAUGCCCAAAGGUUAACCUCAAGACGGUUCAUGAAGCCCAGGUCGUUGCAAGGCAACUACAUGAAGCAGUUGAAAUGUUCGACGGCGAUUGGGAACCAGCAUGCAAAUUCAAUUGCACUGAGGAUCAUCCGGUGUUCUUGAAGCUCACUUGCAAGUGUUGUCGUAGGCUGAUGGAGCCAAAGCACAUUGGUUCUUCGCCACCGGAAACGGUGCAGCCACCAACAACACAUGCCAAGCCCAUUGCAUCGAGCUCUAGUGCUGCUGCAGCCCAACGCGGGUUCGUGUUUCCUCUUCGCGCCGCACAAGAGGCCAAAGAGCCUAAAGCCAUCAAGCCACAAGACCUUUUGAUUCAAGACGCCAACCGUGAGGUUGUGCCCAAUGCUGAUGCAGCAGAGGCACUUCCACCACCUCCAUUCGUGUACGUGCAAGGCAACCCAGCCGAUCAGACUCCAGAACAACCCCUCGAUGCGGAUGCACAGCAACUCUAUCAGGAGAUGUCUGCCGACAUUGCUGCCGAGUCCGGGGCCCCCAGACUGACACCUUCAGGAUUCUACGAUUUGGUUGGGAACCAGGCUGGAUGGGAGCAGCUUUUCUGCACCUUGGCUUGUGUGGGCAACACCAGAGAACUUGGACUUCUUCAAGAAGGGAAGGACGCGUGUUUAGCUUUCAUGAGCGAGUACACCUGUCAGACCAUCGCUGGUGUCUACUUGAAAGACCUAGACUGGUUGCCCAACAUUCACCGCCUGCUUGAAGUUGAUUUCGGCGCUUUGGAAAACUUUGAAGCCCCAGCACCCGAAGAGAUCCCAUGUAUUUGGAAAGACGCCAACAGCGAUGUUGUGCCAGUUUAUGUUAUCACUUCGGAUUCAAUCCUCGCAAUGGUGUCAGGCUCCAAAAAGAGCUUGCGCCGCCACGACUUGUGUCAGGCUUUGUCGGACACGAAACGCAAGGAAGUGUGGAAGGUGAAGCAUGAGAUGUUGUGGGGCAAGAGUCUAGGACCCAUCGUGAAAAGGAACAUUGAGUUGUGUCGUGAGGCCAAAGCUGAAUUCGACGCAACCUUUGCGGGUUUGCCACACAAGAAGCUCCAGAUCGUGUCUUUGGUUGUAUGGUCGGGCAACGAACUUGUUGGCAAGUACGGAAUCGAUGAGACUGGACAUUGGCCGUACGACUACCCGGAGGGAAUCUACCCUGACUUGCUUGCAGAUUGCAAACGCCACCUGACUUGGUACAGUGAUCAGCUCAAGAAGCUUGGCAUUGGUGCGGCGGCUCUUCUUUGUGAGCCGGACGAGGAGAUCUAUGGGUCACGUCCUUGCGGACGCAUGCUGCACAAGGAAUUGCGGGAAGCCUUCCAUGCUGAGUUGUCGGAGUACCCGCAUGGUCACAUCAAGUGGUUGGUCAAUGAUGAACUGCCGUACAGGUUGGUGUUGAAAGAUCACUACCAUGCUGAGCAGUCAGAGGCAAAUGCCCACAAGAUGGUUCACUUCAUUCUCUCAACAUGCCUUUUGCUUGCAGUGGAGGAACAGGUGGAGAAAUUUUCUCGCGUUGCAUUCAAGCACCGUCGGCGGAACAUGAACGAUUAUGAUCAACGUCAAGGCUGGAUGACGCUUGAACAGUUCUCCGAUGGGUUCCAACAACUAUGGAAGCGGCAUGUCACCCCAAUGGUUUCCACCAAGUCGCUUGAUGUUGAUGGGGAGGGAAAGCCAUUUACUUGGGAGGAGGUUGAGAAUGAACAGCCAAACACGAUGGCUCCAGUCGACAAGGAGGACAUUGAAGAGGCCGAGUCGCAGCCGCUGGACAAGACAAAGCCCGCCGUUCGAGAGAACGUGCCAGAGUACAAUCCUUGGGAUGGUGUUGACACAUCUGACGACAAGUAUGCUGAGAACUACUUGGGGCACAGGCCAUACGUUUCGGAUCACCGAGACAGAGCCGUCGCGCAUGUCAGUGGUCACGUGGAUAGUUAUCACUAUCGUCUUGAGGAGAAUGUUGCAGGCGAUCAAGUCCAGCAUGUCAUCGUUGAGGGUCACGCAUACGAACUCGUUCCAGUCACUCAGGAGAUGAUGCAACCCGCAGAUGGCAGAAAAAUCUGGUACUCAGGCCACCUCCACAACCACAAAACCAAGUUCAACAAGGUCUUGAGAGGUCAUGGCAAGAACGCAGGUUUGCCCUUCGAUGAUCAAAUGUUUCUUGACAUUGAGGAUUUCUGCGUCGCACUCUUCAGGGAGUUGCCAUGGAAAGAUCAGCGGCUUUCAAUGCAGGACAUCAUCGCUGUAAUGUUGCAAGAUGGUCGUGGCAGAUUCCAAUUCCUUGGAGCACCAGGCAUGCAAAUUGCAACCAGGAUGAGUUUGAGCUACUGGCCGUUCAAGGUUUGCCAACUGUCGAAGGAAAGGACGUGGACGAAGAGUUCACUCUGGAAAGACAUUAUGCUCAAUGGCCUCAUCCCCGGCGGUGGUCCUCGAGUGAACAGCGGAAGAGCGCAUGUGUACUGUUCUGCCAAGGCAUUGGAAGACGAAGACUUCAAGUCAGGACUUCGUCGCGUUCACCCGAUUCAAUUGACGAUCAACAUGCAAGAAGCUGUUCGUGAUGGAAUCAUUUUCUUCAAGACGGAGAGUGAAGGGAUUCUCACAACCAUGACCAUUCCUGCCAGGUACGUCAUCACCGCGAAGGACACCGACACUGGCGAGAACUUGUGGGUCAGGACAUCACGAAUUCAGCGCACAGAGCCGGAUUAUUCACUGGACGUUGCUGUGAGUGAACGCGUGCAGAAGAUUGAGGACAAGUCCCCAAAACUGCCGUUCAAAGCUCCCCCAGUGCCAGCACCUGUGACCUCGGCCGAAGCUGCUCCAAAGAGCAUGCCAUUGAAGGUGAAAGCACCACCGCCGAGCGUGCAGAAGUUGAUCGCCGAGAAGAAAGCCAAAGAAGCUGGAGUGCAAGGACCAACAACUCCACCAAAGGAGCCAGCUGUUCCUGGACCAAAGACUCCGCCCAAGAUGCCAACUCGACCUGCUCCGAAGCCACCCUCAAGGGUUGACAAGACAGUGAUCGAGGAGGAGAAGACCGAUGACAAAACUGAGGUCAAGACUGAGACAGCAGCAAAGGGCACAUCAACAGUGGCUGAAAGUUCUGGCAGUAGGUCAGAAGCCGCCGCUAGCGAUAGCGUGCCAUUCCUGAAGCCAGAGCCGAAGGCCGACACCGCAGGCAAGUCACCUCCGCCAAAGCAGAGUGUGAUCCCUCCUGCAACGGGUCCUUUUGAAGGUUUUGGACGCUCAGCAACGGCUGCAGGCAAGACUGCCGAGUGGUUAGGUGUUGAAACUGUGCUGAACCGACCGCUGAAGAUCCUGAAAUGUCCGGAGUGCGAUGCAACGAUGGUCGAGGGCCAGUUGAAGUGCGACGGAUGUGGGUUCAUCGUGCAGAAGACUGCAUCUCAGCUCAGGAAAUCGAUCGGCAAGCGUCGGGUGGAACUGAUGGAGAAGCUUGGUCUGAAGCACCGCGUUGAAGGAGAUGUUUUGGCUCAGUCGAUGACCGGAAAGGAACUGCAAUCUCUUGGAAUUGUCGAUGCUGCAGGACGUGGGAGUGUUUCUCCAGAGACUGACUGGGUGCACGACGCCAAGGGCAAGCACAAGAGAGCAGUGAUUGAUUUGAGUUUUCACUCCGUCCACGAUCGCUACCUCAUGGAUGACUUGUUCCGAGAGCAAAUGCUGGAGGAGGGCAACACCGAGGAGGACAUGCAUUUCUUUGACCUGCUCAGGUUUGCCGUCAUGCCGAAGCUCAAGAGGUUCCCACAUGACAACAUCCUGAUCACAUGGGAGGGUGUGGAACAUUUGGAUGCGAACUACAACCUUCAACGACAGCUCAACAACAUUUUCGCAAAGAAUCACAAGACCGUGGUCGACCUGGCGAAGCAACAGCAGCAGCAGUCCGAAAGGGCUAAGGCCAAAAAUGCCGAGGCGAAGCGCAAAGCUGCCGAGGACGCCAAUGUUGCAAGAGCUUCUGUUCCAAAGGCAGCAAGUUCAGCUGAUGCAUCGUCAAGUCGCACUGCGCAAGCAGCUGCCAAAGCCUCAUCAUCGAGUGCAAGGCCUGCGCAAGAGUAUCAAAAGCCAACCUAUUGGAAAGGAAAGUGGUGGUUGAUGGAUGCACGUGGAAACUGGGUCGAAAAGAAGUGA